CUUGCCUCCAGAGGCCACAGCCUGCCAGCACCCGUUCCAGCUCCCAGCCCAGCUAUGGCAUCCCUGCUGCCCGUCCGGACCUUGCCCUCGAUCCUGAUUCUGCUGACUGUCCUGGCCCUGGGGGCUUCAGACUUCAACAUCUCAAGCGUCUCUGGUCUGCUGUCUCCGGCGUUAACAGAGAGUCUGCUUGUUGCCUUGCCCCCCUGUCACCUCACAGGGGGCAAUGCCACACUGAUGGUCCGGAGAGCCAAUGACAGCCAAGGUUUGCUACUCCCUCCCAAGAUGGCCCCCUGGUCCCCAGAGACCCCUACCCAGGACACCACCUGCACCCCUUCCCCUGCUCCCGCCUUCCUAUCAACCCUUCUCCUUGGCCACCCAUAUUCUGCUGCCCUUUCUCCUUGGGGCCCCCAGAAAACACCCCUGACUUCACCCCCAAUUUCCCGCCCAGUGGUGAAAUCUAGCUUCGUGGUGCCUCCGUGCCGUGGGCGCAGGGAGCUGGUGAGUGUGGUGGACAGUGGGGCCGGCUUCACGGUCACCCGGCUCAGUGCGUACCAGGUGACAGCCCUCUUGCCAGGAACCAAAUACUACAUCUCCUACCUAGUGACGAAGGGGACAUCCACUGAGUCCAGUAGAGAGAUCCCAAUGUCCACACUUCCUCGAAGGAAGGUGGAAUCCAUUGGGCUGGGAAUGGCCCGGACGGGGGGCAUGGUGGUCAUCACAGUGCUGCUCUCUGUCGCCAUGUUCCUGCUGGUUCUGGGCUUCAUCAUCGCCCUGGCCCUGGGUGCCCAGAAGUGAGGAGGCCAGUGCCAGGCAGCAGGCCUCCAGGAGGUCCAGGAUGCUGUCCAUUUCCCCAGGCCACGGCUUUGCCCUGUGUGCCUGCCUCCUCUCCUGAAAAGACUGCCUGCUCCCAGGCCUCAACCAUGGCUUCCUCAGGGCCUUCACCUCUCCUCGCUGCCCCCUCUCACCAGAGCCCUUUCCUCCCUCUGCCCUCCCCUAGGUUCCCGGUGCCUCACCUCCCAAUACUCCCUAUAAGCCCCUCAGCCCACUCCUGUCAGAACUGACGCUCCUCCCACUUCACCUCUUUAAUCACCACCGCCCCCCCAAUAAUUCAC